UUUUAGACUCUAUACCAUCCUAAAACAGCUCUGAGAUAGUUGGUAUCUAGCCGUUUUUAUGUCACAUGCACCAACCGGGUGCAAUACAACAACGUAGUUCAAGUGUGGGAGAGUUUAUAAAUUAAACUUGGAAUGUAUGUACCUCCUUCAUUCAUCAUCUGAACCUGAAAGAGAGACUCCAAAGAGAGAAACUAAUGCCGCAUCUUCCUCUAAUAUUGAUGGACUACUUAGUGUCUCAUAUCAAAUUUAGUGAUGUAGCUGUUGCGUUACUUGGUUUAUUCGUAUUCAGUUGUAUAAUUCAGAAAGUCACAAACAAAGGUCCAAUGUUAUGGCCAGUAAUGGGAAUAAUACCUACAGUCUUCUUUCACUUCAAUCACACUUAUGAAUGGGUAACUGAAGCUUUAAUCAGAAGUGGUGGAACUUUUUACUACAGAGGCAUGUGGAUGGGUAACGCUUAUGGAAUUAUUACUGUCGAUCCUUCAAAACUCGAGUAUAUGCUUAAAACAAGGUUCACAAACUUCCCUAAAGGAAAAUAUUAUAGGGAUAGGUUCUUCGAUUUACUUGGUGACGGUAUUUUUAACGCUGAUGGUGAUACAUGGAAGGAACAACGACGUGCUGCUACGUUAGAGAUGCAUUCGAGUCGGUUUGUAGAGUAUUCUUUUCAAACCAUUCAAGAGUUGGUGCACAUAAAGUUGUUAAAAUUGAUAGAGAAGCUGGUUAUUUCUAAGGAGAGUAUUGAUCUUCAAGACGUUUUUCUGAGGUUUACGUUCGAUAACGUUUGUACUGCAGCAUUUGGAGUAGACCCUGGUUGUUUGAGUAUCGAUCUUCCCGAUGUUCCUUUAGCCAAGGCAUUCGAACGGGCCACAGAGCUGACUUUGUUUAGGUUCACCGUACCUCCUUUCAUAUGGAAAGCCAUGAAGUUAUUCUGUUUUGGUUCUGAGAAGGAGCUCAAAAAGGCAGUUGGAGUUGUUCAUAAGUUUGCUGACAAGGCUGUGUGCAACAGGAGAACGGAGUGCUAUAAAUCGGGUAGCUUAAGUGAUCGAUCUGAUUUAUUGUCGCGGCUCACCGAGCUCAGAGAUGUUAAUCGACCAACCAAGUAUAAAUUCUCUGAAAGGUUCCUCAGAGACUUUUGUAUAAGCUUUAUCUUAGCAGGACGAGACACCAGUUCGGUAGCAUUGGCAUGGUUCUUCUGGCUUUUAAGCAAAAACCCACAAGUAGAGUUCAAAAUAUUGAACGAGAUCAAUGAAAUUCUCAGCCAUCGAAAAUCCAAAAAUGAAAUCAUGGACGUGGUAUUUACUCUCGACGAACUGAAGCAAAUGGAGCAUCUUCAAGCAGCGCUUUCAGAAUCACUGAGACUUUACCCGUCAGUUCCCUUGGAUCUCAAAGAGGUGCAAGAGGACGACUUUUUUCCUGAUGGAACCAUGGUUAAGAAAGGGUCCAGGGUUCUUUACUCGAUAUAUUCCAUGGCCCGAAUAGAUGGAAUUUGGGGGAAAGACUGCAAAGAGUACAGACCAGAGAGGUGGAUUAAAGAUGGUAAAUUUGUGAGCGAGAAUCAGUUUAAGUAUGCUGUGUUCAAUGCAGGGCCUAGGUUGUGUGUAGGAAAAAGGUUCGCUUACUUGCAGAUGAAAAUGGUUGCUGCUUCGGUCUUGUUGAGAUACUCAGUUGAUGUGGUUAAAGGUCAAGAUGUAGCUCCAAAGCUGACUACUACGUUGUAUAUGAAGAAGGGGUUGGUUGUCAAUUUCAAACCUAGAGAAUGAUGGAUCAAUCCCAUGGAGUGCAGGUCUGCAAGAUAAGUUCAAAUAGUAUUUGUGCAAGGAAACAGAAGAAAUAAGCAAAGAAAGUGUUUCUUUAGUGUGCUUGUUAGGAGGUUGUGUCGUCCUUGUAAUAGCAGUGCGAUUAUGCUGAAAUUGGUGUUCUCUUUAAGAGCCUUCUACUA